GAAAGAGAGCUUGGUAGAGGAGGAAGAAGGCGACGACCCAAGAAGAAGAAGAAGAAGGCAGAUCAGAUGCCCCGACGGAGGCAGCAGCAGCACCGUCGCGCCUCCAUCGCCAUGCCGCCCACCAACCUCUCCAUCUCCUCUCCUCCCGCCGCUGCACCAGGGCCGCCGCUUUACCUCCGGCGCCCGCUCAUCGCCGCCGCCACGGCCCUUGCCGCACUCCUCCUCCUCCUCAUCGUCCUCGUCGCCGCAGCCCACCCCUACGCCCCAUGGCGCGCCAACUCCGCACCCACCGCCCUCCUCAGCCGCCCGGUGCCUUCUGCGCCCGCCACCAAAUUCUACUCCUUCGACCUGGUCCGAGAGUAUCCCCAUGAUCCAUACGCCUUCACCCAGGGUCUCUUGUAUGGAGGAAAUGACACUCUUUUCGAGUCAACUGGCCUUUAUCACAGGUCAUCGGUCCGGGAGGUUGAUCUUAAAACUGGAAAAGUUUUAGUUCAGCAUGCAAUGGAGGGACGUAUCUUUGGAGAAGGUCUAACGCUACUCAAUGACAAAUUGUUUCAAGUUGUUUGGUUGAAGAAGGAGGGUUUUAUCUAUGAUCGACACAAUUUUAGCAAACGUGAGAGUUUUACCCAUAAAAUGCAUGAUGGGUGGGGGCUGGCUACUGAUGGAAAAGUUCUUUUUGGUAGUGAUGGAACUUCUAGUUUAUACCAGCUUGAUCCAAAGUCAAUUCAAAUCAUGAAGACGGUGACUGUGAAAUAUCAAGAUAAUGAAGUCCUCUAUCUUAAUGAACUGGAAUAUAUAAACGGUGAAGUAUGGGCAAAUGUCUGGCAGACAGAUUGCAUAGCUAGAAUCUCCCAUGAAGAUGGCCUGGUGGUGAGCUGGAUCUUUCUUCAUGAGCUGAGGCAACACUUGUGGAAUUCUGGCAAUACAGAAAUCGAUGUUCUAAAUGGUAUAGCUUGGGAUGAGGAAAACCAGAGAUUGUUUGUGACUGGAAAGUUGUGGCCAAAGCUGUACGAAAUUAAGCUACGCCCUGUAGAUGGGCCACGAGAUGGAUCUAUAGAGAAGCUAUGCCCCAAGGCAAGCUUUUAUCGUUGAGAAGUAGUGCCCAGUGAACGACUAUUCCAAUAUCGGCGCCUUGUAGGCUUGUACACAGGACCUCCUCUAGGGUGAGAAGAGAAGAGAAGAGAAGAGAAGAGAUAGGAUAUAUUGUUUUGAUGACAGUAUGUUACAAUUCACAGGUGUAUUGCAUAGACCUCUUCAUUCGAGAUAAUUAAUUGGCAGUUUUCCAUU